GGAAAUGUGGAGUGAAACUAAAGCCCAACGACGUCGUUUUAGCUGCUCGUCUUCUUCUUAGUGUUGCUGUUAAUCUGCGUUUUGGGGACGAAUUUGAGCGAGAUGGAUGCAAUCAGCCAAUUACAAGAGAAAGUGAAUACAAUCGCGACAAUCGCGUUCACUACCAUCGGAACGCUGCAGAGGGAUGCGCCGCCGGUCCGAAUCUCUCCGAAUUACCCAGAAUCCGGAUCUGGGCCGGCUCCGGCUGCGGCUCCAAAUCCGAACCCGACCCCGACCCCGACCCCGACCCCGAUAGCGGACAGUGACGCGGAUUUCGCGAAGCAACCCAAGCUGAUGAGUGCUGAGCUAGUGAAGGCAGCUAAGCAGUUUGAUGCAUUGGUGGCGGCACUACCGUUGUCUGAGGGGGGAGAGGAAGCUCAGCUGAAGAGGAUUGCACAACUUGAGGCUGAAAAUGAUGCUGUGGGCCAACAACUUGAGAAGCAACUGGAAGCUGCAGUACUAUUCCCAGAAAUCUUAUGAGCUGGAUCAAUGUUAUUGAUUUGGGGGCUUCCCAACAAUUGAUUUGAAAAGCUAAGGAUGCCUUAGGGGCAACUCCUCCAAUUCGCGAAUCUGAGCCAUUUGUUUCCUAACUCAACCAACAUCAUCAUAGCCAACCUCAUUAAAUAAGCUUUCCUAAUCGAACCCACCAACUGUUAACAGUAUAAGGAAGAAGAAUUGAGGCUGAAGGAAGAAGAUGAAUAUUGAAGAACAACUCAAGAAAUAAGAGAGAAUUUGCUUUCUUUGAUUUUCAAUCGUAUGGACAAUUAUAGAGAGAUUGUGUUUUAUAUCAGAUGUUUAGCCUAUAACUAAUGCUUAACAGACUAACUAAUUACAGCUGUGACAUGUGAGCUACACGU